AAGUGUUUCGGCGGGCCGAAUGGCUGAAAUGCGCGGUGUCCACUACAGCGGACAGAUAUUUGGAAGCCGUUUUGAACCAUUUACGUUGUAGUACCAUGUCCCAACUACCAGGUGUUGAACCCCCAAAGUGUCGUCUACAAUUCCAUCUGAAUAUCAUUUUUGACUCUCUGUGAUUUUGAGAUAUUGAGUCAUAAAUUCAAAAUGGCGGAAAAAUGGAGAGAAAGAAAUAGAGACGGGCUGACAACAACAUGAGGCUGGGAUGAAGUUCUGCCGACACCACGAGCUCAUGUCAGACAAAAAAAUAACGCAGCUUCAAUAGUCUACACUCAGAUGUAAGUGGAUGCUGUUUUCAGUAUGCAGAGGGGUUUCCAGGUGGGUCUGCUGCUCCUGCUGGUCCAGUUGUUCCAGGAGGGUGUGGGGAACAUCCCUGCAGUCACCCUGGCUGUCCUGGGCUUCAAUGUGUAUCUUUACAUGUUCCCUGCUGCUCCACCAAUAAAGGCCUGUGUGAGCCUCCAGCAGGUGUACAAGUAUAAAGAGUGGCGCCGCCUCUUCCUGUCUCCCCUGCACCAUGUCGAUGAUUGGCACCUCUACUUCAACAUGGUUUCCUUCAUCUGGAAAGGUAUCAAACUAGAGCGUCGGAUGGGUGGAGGCUGGUUCCUCUACUUGUUGUCAGUCUUCUCUCUGCUCUACGGAUUUGUCUAUCUGCUGCUGCAGGCACUGCUGACAAAAGUCAUCGAGGACUCUGAUCCGUUGGCGAGUUUCAUAGAUGUGUCGUCUCUCAGCGUUGAGUGUGCUGUCGGCUUCUCAGGUGUCCUGUUUGCUCUAAAGGUGGUCAAUAACCAUUACAACCCAGGUGGAGUGACCUACAUGAUGAAUACUCGUGUGUCCAAUCGCUUCGCCAGCUGGGUGGAACUAGUGCUGAUCUAUCUAAUUGCUCCUGGGACCUCUUUGGUUGGACACCUGGCAGGUAUCCUGGUGGGUCUGCUAUACACUGUGGGUCCACUGAAGACCAUCAUGAACACAUGUGCAGAACUUGUUUCUUCAGAUGGAAAUAAUCCACGUCCAAGUUCAUACUACAGCUCCUCAGGUUACAGUGGCAAGACAGGAGCAGACUCGGCAGAUCCACAGCCCGCAGAGGAUUAUACAACCGACUCUACAUCUGAUUACACAGAAUCUUAUAUCGCAGGACUGACAGAGGAAGAACAAAUAGAGCUGGCGAUCAGAAACAGCCUGAAUGACAGAGGACGAACCAGGCAGAGAGAAGACUCUUCUGGUUUCCACCCCGCUGAGGGGGAAGGAAGUGCUGAGGAGGUCAGGAGGAGGAGAUUGAGGAGGUUUGAAAAAGAAAGUUCCAACCAGAGGAGGAGAAGAAGAUUGUAAUGACAGAAUGGGAAGAAAUGUUCACUGUAUCUUAUAUCAUCAGUCUCUAACUUUCAGUACAUGCCAGGAGGGAUUUUGUCAUCAAGUGUUAGUGGUUUACUGAACUCUGUUGUGGAAACUCCUUUCCAUCACUCUGUCUCGUCUACUUGGUGAUGAUGUCAUGUUUUUCAUAACAGCCUGUGUGUUGAGAAGGAUUUCUCACUGAAUGGUUGGUGAAUACUAUGUGUUCUUGAAAGAAGCCCAUAAUCCUUGAUUUUUAGGAAGUCACAUGAAGUUUACUACUACUACUACAAAUGGCCCCAUGAAAUCUAUUUGUCAAAUGUGCAUGAGAAUGAGAGAAAAUACACAAAACAACAAAGUUAAAGGACAUUGCUGGGGAUUUUCAUGGCUGGGGACAAAUCUCGUGUUUGGAUCCAAACCAACAAUGAACUGAUCUACUUACAAGUAUUGUGUGUGUAUCCAAA